CCUAGCUCGAUCGUUGACAUUUCGACAUUUACAACAAACUGCAUCCAUCCCUCGAUCCAUCCGUCUACCUGUCCCUGCUGUGUCUCUGCCCCUCCCGAACAAGCGGUCGCAUUUCAUUCUGCUGCUCGGCGAAGAUCGACCCACUCAACAGGGUCACUAACCCCCUCCCCCUUCCCUCGUUCCGCCCUCGCCGAAAGACCACCCCUCUCUCGGAUAGAUUCGCAAUCUACCAACGUUUACACACAAUCUCGGCGCACACAGCUCUGGCUACCGGCCACUGACAGCCACUGACACCUCAAGCUCAGGCUCAGGCCGGGAAGAGACAUAUAUACCCGUCGCAAUUUCCCUCCUUCAUCCUUUCUCGUAAAAGCGCGAGAUACCGCUUCUGUUGGCUGUUUGUCAUGAAACACUUCCUCCCGCUCCCCCUCAAACGGACGGACCCCUGCCCCGAUCUCGGGCCCAGGCUCAAGGAAUACAUCGCUGACAACUUUCACGAUACUCAUCCGGACGUGUUCGAUGCGGACGUCUCCCGGUUGACGAGCUUGCGUAGGGAAUGCUUUGGGGUCCAGGGAGGACAGAGUGGGGGCCAUGCGCCGGACGUACAUCCGACUGCGGUGGAUGGGUUGAUAUUGUACCAUGCUCAGGUGGCUUUCUUGCUGACCAAGUUUCCAUCCAACGUCGGCGCGAGCAUCACCUACCACCUCCCCUUCCCACCGUCGUUUUCUUUCCAGACGGACCCGACCAUCUCCCUCCCUUCGCUCUCGUUCGAACGCGCGGCGGUAGUAUACAACCUCGCUGCUGUCUACUCGGGGCUGGCGGCGGUGGAGAAUAGGGACGAGACGGAGGGUAUCAAGCGGGCCUUGACGUACCUCCAGCAAGCAGCGGGCACGUUGAACUACCUCCGGACCAUCCUCAUCCCCCGUCUCACCUCCGACCUGAGUUCGACCUCGUACGAUCCUCAAGGAUCGGAGCAGACGGCAGGAUACGACAUGACCCCCUCCUUCGUCCACACUAUGGAGACCUUUUGCCUCGCCCAGGCUCAAGAAUGUUUCUGGCAGAGGGCGAUGGGGGAAAAGUAUACGAACGGGGUCAUCGCCAAGUUGGCUGCCAAGGUCUCGGAAUAUUACCGCCUCGCUUUGGAAGCCGCUCGAGCAUCCCCAGAUCCGGCGUUUAACCACUUGCCUCAAAGAUGGAUAUCCCACAUGACCGCCAAGAGAUUAUAUUUCGAGGCCGUCUCACAGUACCGGAUGAGUCAGGAAGAUCUGGCUAAACAACGGUAUGGGGAGGAGAUCGCUAGGAUGAAACAAGCCGAGGUGGCCUUGAAGCAAGCUCUGACCGAAGUCAAGCGGACUUCAGGAGACGCUGUCUUGCAGGAUAUCAAGGGCUUGCAAGACGCCCUCGCCUCCAACCUGAAGCGAGCUAUCCGGGAUAACGACAUCAUCUACGUCAGUCCCAUUCCACCACCAGGCCAGUUGGCGGCUAUCGUUCCUGCCGGGAUGGUCAAAUCGAUCGUCCCCCCUGCUAUCGAGGACAGUAUCGGAUGGCUCAAUAAGCAAAAGGAAGGUCCGCUGUUCGCUGGGCUCGUACCGUAUGGCGUGCAUCUAGCUCUGAGCAUAUACGAUGACCGCAAGGACACGUUGGUCAGGGACGAGCUAGAACAACAGCAGGAUCGUAUGGACGCCAUGAUUGCCACCCGAUUGCAAUCGCUUGGCCUGCCUGGAUCCAUCACGGCACUCGAACGACCUGCCGGACUCCCGCCCUCCCUCUUGAAAAAAGCCGAAGAGGUGUUCGUUGCAGGUGGGCUGCAAAAGCCACAACACCUGAUCCAGGAGAUCAAGCAGGCUUCUGCCAGCAGUUCCGCCUUGCUGGAGCAGGCCAUGGACUUGCUUGACCAAGAGGCUAGCGAGGAAGAACACAUGCUGCAACAGCAUCCCGAGAUGCUAGGCAUGGUCGAGACGUCGACUACAGCCAAUCAACACUAUGUGGAACAAUCCGAACAGUUCCGCACAUCUCUGAGACAAGCGCGAAGGGGCGAUGAAGAGGUUCGGAAGAAGUGGGACCAGUGGGCACCUUUGAUCAAUGUCUUGGCGGGUGGUGAAGAGGCUUUGAUGAAGCAGAUCCCAACGUCGGGGAGAGCUACAGAAGUCGACGCCGAACUGCCCGCGGCUGCACGUGCGCUUCAAACAAUCCUCGAAGACCUGGACGACGCCCGAACGCAUCGCGCUCGAUUGGUCAACGAAGGCAAGCGGGUCGCGUCCAAGGACGACAUUCGCUCGCAAGUCCUCGAACAGGCGGCCAAGAUGUCGCAUGGGUCGUCGUCCGGCGAAGUCAAGCCCGAGUGGUUCGAGGACAUUUUCGAAAAGGAGUUGCGCAAGUAUCACCGGUUGAUCGACGAGAUGCGCGCACAUUGCGAACAGCAAGAGCGAGUACUAGGGACGCUCGAAGAACGAAACAACCAAUUUUUGGCCCAGAGGCAAGAUGAUUCCCGCGUCAAGUACCGAGAAAAGAGGUUGCAAGAAAUGGAGCUCGCCUACUGGAAAUGGCGCGAGAUCAUCAGUAACUGCGAAGAGGGACUUAACUACCAUACGGGCCUCGCAUCAAGGUUGAUCCAGUUCAAGGAUAGUGUGCAAAAUUGGGUCUACGCAAGGAGGUCGACUAUGGACAAUCUUAUGGCUCAGCUGAGUCGCCCUCUUGAACAACCUCGCUCUGAGCUGGUUCCUGAACGAACUCCUGAGCCUGACCUACAAGCAAGAUCUCCACCUGUAGUGCGAAAGGAACCCGUACCACCCGCUCCCGCUCGCUUCACGCUCCCGCCACCUUCUGCAGCUGGAUGGGAGUCUGCCGAGGACUUUUUACCUCCUCCACCAUCUAGCCGCCGGACGGUAGCGCCGCCGGCUCAAGCUGAGGUCGCCACCACUCCCUCACGUAGGGUUACCAGGAGUUCGAUGGCUACGCCACAAGGCCAAGGUGGUCCGCCCGACUCUGCUGCCAAACCGCCCCGGAAGAAGGGUGGUAUGGCCAUCUAGAAGUCGACCCCGAUCGAGUCGACUCGGUCGUGGUAGACUUCGUAGGAUUCUAUUUUUGUACCUGAGAGGGAAGACAUCAGCACUUCGAGAGUUUGAUUCGAUUAAAUUCGUCUCUUCCAAGCAACCUCGUACCGUGUGCCUAAGAACAGGCGAAGAGGAUCAGAGCUCUUUCGCAUCGUCACAAGACAUUGGAGGUUUUGAUAUGUGAUCGAAACGAGUCUGCGUUUUCAUCCGCUGGUGGGCCGUCCUCGAACCCAUCCUGCCCUGCAACUGAUCUGUUUCCGAUCACAACCUGUUUCAAUCCACUAAUAAACCGCGCUUGUACGGAACGCCCCCCCGUUUUACUCCUGCUGGUUGUCACUCAGGUGCGUCAUCCUCGGCGAUCUCGGCGGUGAAAUCACGUAAACGGUCGCCGAGGGCGAAAAACAAGCUCGCACUCGUCGAUCAACAGCUCGAGGUCGUCCACAUCGACUCGAAGCCAGACG